CCGCUUUCUUCCUCAACACGAAGGAGAAGAAGUGAAUCAAAUUUACUAUUCUUCUCGCUCCGAUUCAUCUCUAUUCCGAUUAAUCCUCUCCGAUUCGAGCCGGAUUACAGAAAUCUGGAAAUGGCAACUCCCACCCCGCCGCCGCCCGCUACUGCGCCGCCUGCCGCCGCCGAGCCGCAGAAAACUGACUACCUAAACCUGCCUUGCCCCAUUCCGUACGAAGAAAUUAGCCGCGAGGCACUCAUGUCGUUGAAGCCAGAGCUUUUUGAGGGAAUGCGAUUUGAUUUUAUGAAGGGACUGAAUCAGAAAUUUUCACUCAGUCAUAGUGUGAUGAUGGGACCUACAGAAAUUCCUGCACAGUCUUCCGAAAUAAUUAAAAUUCCCACUGCUCAUUAUGAGUUUGGUGCCAACUUUAUGGACCCAAAGUUCAUGCUUUUCGGGAGGGUGAUGACGGAUGGGAAAGUAACUGCAAGGCUGAAGUGCGAUUUGACUGAUAAUCUUACUUUGAAGGGCACUGCUCAACUUACGAGUGAGCCACAUAUGUCACACGGCAUGUUCAACUUUGAUUAUAAGGGUUCGGACUAUAGGACUCAGUUUCAACUAGGGAAUGGAGGCUUACUUGGUGCAAAUUACAUCCAGAGUGUGACUCCUAAUUUAUCCUUAGGUGGUGAAAUAUUUUGGGCCGGUCAACAUCGAAAGUCUGGCAUCGGCUGCGCUGCGCGUUACAACACUGAUAAGAUGGUUGCAUCUGGGCAAGUUGCCAGCCAUGGGAUAGUUGCUCUAAGCUAUGUCCAGAAAGUAUCCGACAAGGUUUCUCUAGCAUCAGACUUCAUGUACAACUACAUGUCAAGGGAUGCCACAGCCAGUUUUGGUUACGAUUAUAUCCUUCGGCAGGCCCGUUUAAGAGGCAAGAUUGACUCCAAUGGCGUCGCAUCUGCUUUCCUUGAAGAAAGAUUUAACAUGGGUCUUAAUUUCAUUCUUUCUGCUGAGCUAGAUCACAAAAGGAAGGAUUACAAGUUUGGCUUUGGUUUGACAGUGGGAGAAUAGAAUAGGAACAAUAUUUGUUCAAAUUCCCUUCUUAACCAAAAGAAACGAGUUUUGUACUUUGGUCGAUUGGUCGAGUAAACAUUAUUUGUUGGCAGUGAGAUCUGCUACGACGUAAUAUAAUUCACUAGUAGUUGAUUUUUUUUUAAUUCCCCUUGAGAGACUCGAUUUUAUAUCUAUAAUCGAUCAAGUAGAUAUUUAUCGAUAUAACUGAUUACGUCAUUGGAUCAAUAAAAUUUACGACGUCCUUUUCGA